AUGACUGGACAUAAUAAUGAUAAUAGUAUCACACCAAUGUCUGUUGAAAUAGACAUGAAGCCAUUGGGCGGUGGAGAUGAGGGUGCCUCUGGAGAGCUCUCAAUAAAUUUACCAUCAUCCUCGUCGCCAGAUGGUGGAAAUGACAAUAAUAAUAAUGGAAGACCACUGUCAAGUAGUUUGGAGUUGCCACGCGAAACCACUGAGGUCAACAUCAGAUCAGUGACAACCACCACCAACUCGAAUGACUAUCGCAAGUCAUUCAGAACGCCACUGCGUCGCCAACUCUUUGACGCACCCACAGGAGAGGAAAUUGACAAGGCUCGCGCCAAGGAAGAGAACUACAGGAAGACCCUCGAGCGCAAGAAAGAGGGACAGAAGCCCAUCCAAGCCAUCCUCGAGGAGCUCAAGGCCAACUCCAAUGGUCUGACCAAUGCCGAAGUUGCAGAGAGGACCGCACAAUAUGGACCAAACCAGAUUCCAGAUGUCAAGAGAUACCCUAUUCUAGAGUUCUUGUCAUUCAUGUGGAAUCCAUUGUCAUGGACAAUGGAGAUUGCCGCUAUUGUAUCGAUUAUCUUGUUGGACUAUGCCGACUUUGCCCUGAUCUGUGGUCUGUUGUUGAUGAACGCCACAAUUGGUUACUUUGAGGAGCAUACUGCCGGUAACGCCGUCGAGGCAUUGAAGAACUCACUGGUGUCCAGCUCAAGAGUACUGCGAGAGGGCAAAUGGGAAGCGGUACCGAGCACGACGCUGGUACCUGGCGAUGUGAUCAUGCUCAAGAUAGGUGCUGUCAUCCCUGCCGACUGUCGUGUGAUGCAGUGCGAGGCCGUCAAGGUCGACCAGUCAUCACUGACAGGCGAGUCCCUACCCGUCAACAAGAACGUCGGCGAUGAGGUCUACUCCGGCUCAUCAAUGAAGCAAGGUGAAGCCACCUGUGUUGUCACCUCCACUGGAGUCAACACCUUCUUUGGUCGUGCUGCCAACCUCGUCCAGGAGACCGAGAGCCACGGACAUCUCCAGAUCGUCCUGCGAAACAUUGGUGUGUUCUGUAUCACCUUCAUCGUCGUUUGGGUCAUCAUCGAGCUGGUCGUCCAGUUUGUCGCACGCAAGGCACCCUGCAGCGGCAUCCGUGACUGUGAGACCAUCAGCAAUGCCCUGGUCCUGUUGGUGGGUGGCAUUCCAAUUGCCAUGCCUACUGUGCUCUCUGUGACAAUGGCCAUUGGUGCCACUCAGCUGUCCAAGAAACAGGCCAUCGUCUCUAGACUGACUGCCAUCGAGGAGUUGGCCGGCAUGGACAUCCUGUGCUCCGACAAGACCGGCACACUCACCCUCAACGUGCUCACAGUUGACACUCCAAUCUGCUUUGGCGGUGCCACAGUUGAGGAAGCAGUGUUUGCGGCCUACCUGGCGUGCUCUGAAGGAGAUGACCGCGACGCCAUCGAUGUGGCCACCACCAACUAUGCCCACGAGAACUUCCAAUCACUCAACUACGCCGAGCACAAGAUCAUCAAGCAUUACCCAUUCAACCCAGUCGACAAGAAGGCCAUGGGACUGGUCGAGGGUCCAGAGGGCAAGCAAUACAAGACGGCCAAGGGUGCCCCACAGAUCAUCCUGGACCAAUCAUACAACAAGGGCGAGCUGGGCGACGACAUUAACAAGGCCAUCGACGACUUGGCCGAGCGUGGAUACAGAUCACUGGGUGUGUCGCGUGCAGAUGAUGCGCCAGAGUUCAAGAACUGGAGAUUCAUUGCGUUAAUUCCCUUGUUUGAUCCACCCCGCCACGACACUGAGGACACCAUCAAGCGUGCCCUUGAGAUGGGUGUGCGUGUCAAGAUGAUCACUGGUGAUCAGUUGGCCAUCGCCAAGGAGACCGCACGUCGUCUAGGAAUGGGUGGCAACCUGUUCACCGUGCCAUCACUCAAGAACAAUGACCUGGGCAUGAAGGGAUCCGACCUGAUCGAGAUGGCCGAUGGUUUCGCCGAGAUGUGGCCAGAGCACAAGUACAAGGUCGUUCACUCGUUGCAGAAGCGCAAGCACGUCGUUGGUAUGACUGGCGAUGGUGUGAACGACGCACCCGCACUCAAGAAGGCCGACAUUGGUAUCGCUGUCGCUGGCGCCACCGAUGCUGCCCGCUCCGUAUCCGACAUUGUCCUGACCUCUGCCGGUCUGAGUGUGAUCAUUGACGCCAUCAUCUCAUCGCGUAAGAUCUUCCAGCGUAUGAGGAACUACGUCAUCUACUCUGUGUCGGCCACCGUGAGAAUCUGUCUGACCUUUGGCAUCCUUACCAUUGGCUGGGGCUUCCUCUUCCCCACGCUGGCAACUGUCAUCAUCGCCAUCUUAAACGACGGUACCAUGCUCACGAUCGCCAAGGAUCGUGUGAGACCCAGGAACACACCCGAUCGCUGGGACCUCAAGGAGAUCUUCAUCAUGGCGCUGUCCUACGGCGUGUACCUGAUGGUGUCCUCGAUCGUCUUCUUUGCCAUUCUCAACAACUCGACCUGGUUCCAAGACCACUUUGGCCUCGUCAAGCUCACUGCCGACGAGCUGCGUGGCAUCAUGUACCUGCAAGUGUCCAUCAGUGGUCUGGCGACGAUCUUUGUGUCGCGUUCACAGGGCUUCUGCUACUUUGAGCGUCCAGGCGCACUCAUGUCCAUCGCCUUUGUGCUGAGCCAGGUCGUGGCCACAUUCAUUGGCGUGUACGGCUUCAAUGGCUAUCCACACAAUGGCCAGACCGACUUUAGAGGCUGUGGCUGGGGCUAUGCACUUGCCACAUGGAUCUGGUGCAUCAUCUGGUUCAUCCCAAUGGACUUUAUCAAGCUGGCCAUCACCAGAAUACUUCGUGGUGAUGUCAAAUUCCACAACAAGGCCUACCAUCGCAACCUCGGAGGAUUCUUCAGGAAGGGCAAGAAACCAGUUGGUUCAGCCAAUCAGCUCUAA